AUGAUUCUGAAUUUAAAGGAUAUUUAUUUAGCUGCUGCAGGUGGAUUGCUGAUAGGUCUAGCUACAUCAAUUCAUUACUUGUUGAAGGGGAGAGUUACAGGUUUCAGUGGCAUAUUUUAUAGUUUGAUAACUUUCGACAAAAAUAGUUUCUAUUGGAAAUUAUCCUUAAUGUCGAGUGUUGUUCUAUCAUCUUCAUUGUUAUUUAAAUAUUAUGGGUAUGCAAUAUAUCUAGAAUAGAUUCACUCCUAUUUUAGAAGGAGCAUCUCCAAGUUUUGAUCCAAUAAACCAAAUAUCUAAAAUUGGCUACAUUGGAGCUGCAAUAGCAGGAUUCUUGGUUGGGUUUGGUACAAAAUUAGGGAAUGGUUGCACAAGUGGUCAUGGAGUUUGUGGUUUACCAAGAUUAUCAGUAAGAUCAAUGGCAGCAGUAGCAUCAUUUAUGACAUUCGGAAUUUUGACAGCCACUCUAAAAGAUUAAGUUGUGUUGGAAUAACCAACUUAAUUACUUAUCGAUAAUGCAAAUAUUACUAAUACUGCAGCCAUGGUUAUAAGUGGAGUAAUAUAAUAAUUUUAAUUUAUUUAAGAUUUUAACUUUGAUUGGUAUUAUUGGUUAAACAAAAUAAAACAAGAAAACAAUGAUUGAUGCAAUAAUUUCAUCUGUUGUAGGAUUAGUGUUUGGAUCUGGAUUAGUUAUUUCUGGAAUGGCUAAAAGAUCAAAGAUUUUAGGGUUUUUAACAUUCAAUAAGAGUUGGGAUCGUAUUAAAUAUUUGUUUAUUGUAGCUUCAUUGAUGUUUGUUAUGUUGGGCGCUGUGUCUCUCAAUUUAAUUACAUUUAAUUUACUUGAUAAACCUAUCCUAGCUGAGAAGUGGGAUUUACCAACAAACAAGAAGAUUGAUUUUAAGUUAUUACUAGGUGCAAGUAUUUUUGGAAUAGGAUGGGGAAUUGGUGGGUUAUGUCCUGGACCUGCAUUUUCAUUAUUUCCAUAAUUUACAGCUUAAAUUGCAUGUGUGUUUUUACCUUGUUUGGCUUUGGGUUAAAUAAAUGCUAAUAAAUUUAGUCAAUAUUUGGAUUAAAAAUCAAAAAAAUUUUGAUUCAUAUAUAUAUAGAU